GAAACAUUCAGUUAGCAGAAGCUAGCCUGCGUUGAAGUAUCUCCGUGCUCCGUGUUCUACUAGCCUAUCAGUAUCCACUGUUCACUGGUUCCUCAGACACUCAGGGAUACAGAAAGUAUUGUGCACCUUUCAAGCAAUAAGAUCUAAUACCCAUCGACAGGAUUGAAAGACAGUACAAUAACGAUACCAUGGCUCUAAAAAGAAUACAAAAGGAGCUCCACGAUCUUCAAAGGGACCCCCCUGCCCAGUGUUCGGCUGGACCUGUUGGAGAGGACAUGUUCCACUGGCAAGCUACAAUCAUGGGCCCUAGUGACAGUCCAUACCAAGGAGGUGUCUUCUUUCUCACAAUUCACUUUCCUACAGAUUAUCCUUUCAAACCACCAAAGGUUGCUUUCACCACAAAAAUAUAUCACCCAAACAUCAACAGUAAUGGCAGUAUCUGUUUGGAUAUCUUACGAUCACAGUGGUCUCCUGCUCUAACGGUAUCAAAAGUUCUGUUGUCCAUAUGUUCUUUGCUUUGUGACCCAAACCCUGAUGAUCCUUUAGUGCCAGACAUUGCACACAUCUACAAAUCAGACAAAGAAAAAUACAACAGACUAGCAAGAGAGUGGACCCAAAAGUAUGCAAUGUGAAACAACAACAAAACAAACCUUUACAGAACUGGCCAUUUUUGAGUCACAAACCACUGUAAAUUCCUAGUAUCUUAAGAAAAAACAAAAUAAACUUAGACGAUAUUAUUAAAACACAUCAUACUGUUAACAUUUACCAACUGACAUGACCAUUUCUAGAGCAUAGGAGUUAGGUUUUACGGGUGGAGCACGGACCAUAACGGAGGCAGUUUUUGUGGACAUGCACAUCGUGUGCAUUUCGCUCCCCUUUCCACCCUUUUUUGGGCACUUUUUUUUUUUUUUUUUUUCUUCAUUUUGUAAAUCUUAUUUAAGAGAAUUGAGACAUGGCGUUUUGGUGAGGUGACCAAGUAAAGAGGGAAAUUAAGGACUUAAAAAUAUUGUAUUUUUCAUUUUUUGUUUUGUUUUUAGUUGAUCUUCAUUUUCAUUUAGAGAUUUUUAUUGUAUAGUGUAAAGACUAUACUGAAUCUAUUUUUAUUAUUUUGCAUUAAAUAUCGAUUUUAAAA